UGCAGCAGAUGGACUUGCUCCCCUUUGUAUAAACACCGGGGAGAACUGUCACUAUCAGUGUUUGACAUUAACCCAUAAAUAACUUUAGUCCGUCGUUUUGUCUGCACUCGUAUGCUUGAAUUGUAAAUUAAGUGCGGACGGCAUUAGCAUAGCACUGUUGGUGUAAGAAGAGCGUUCAGAAGCGAAUAUUUAUAAUUUAUCUUUUGAAAUAACGUUCUGUGGAUGAUGUAUUUAGGACACUGCACAAUGAGAGGUUUGCUACACAAGCAGAAUCUCUGUUGGAAUAAAGUGCCAUCCUACAAAACUCAUACGCCAGUGACAACCAGUUACAUUCAGGGACAGAGUCCAGAUCCGAAAGUGAGGGAAUACUUCUACUAUAUCGACCACCAGGGGCAGCUGUUUCUGGAUGAUGCUAAAGUGAAGAACUUCAUCACCUGCUUUAAAGAUAAACAGUUUCUAGUUUUCUUUUUCAAGCAACUGAAACGGAAUUUGAGUGGUCGAUAUGAAAAGGAGUUCCCCUACAUUUCGCCCUGUGGCAAGGAGCGGAACUUUGUACGCUGUGAUGAUCUGCCAGUUGUAUUCACUCACAUCAUUAAGGAUGAAGUCUCAGGGAAGGAGCUGCUUUCCUACUGUGGAGGAGGAGAAAAAUUGGUGGUAACAUUUGAGCCUGAGAGACUUUUCAUGCUGCCAGAGAAUGGUCGUCUUUACCAUCCAGCCCCCGAAAAAACAGGCGCUGUUGGGCUAGUAAAGUCAGCCGUGGCUUUUGAACUGAGUCCUUUCUUUGUGUACACAGCUGACGCUGCAAGUGCACCUCCAACACACUUUCGUUGGAAUGGGAAACUAUACAGACUCACCAAUGAGCUUGCCAGAUUUAUCCAGCUCAGUGGGGAUUAGAGUACAAACAAUUUUUUUCCUGUGGUACAUUAUAAUAUAUAAAGUUGCUUAAACUUAUUUUCUUUUAAAAGUAAUUAUAUUUAGAAAUAAUAUGGGACAAUGAAAUGUGAGCAGGAACUUGUUUCAAGUAAGGUUUCAGGUUUCUUGGCCCUUUUGGCUGUCUUAUGACAUCUUCUGAUUUUUCACUGCUUGCAGUUUCCACACAUAUUGUUUUCUGUGACGGUGAACAGUUUGCAUGCAUUGUAAUGCAUUACAGAGUUACAGGGACUUACGACAAGAGAGGUAGUAGUUGAUAAAAUGACUGUAACUAAUGACAAAAUUCUUACCAGUCAGAGCAUGAGCUUUUAGACUGCACACUUACAGAAAAUAUGUUUAUUUGAUAACUAAAACAAUUGCACUGUGUUACUAAACAUAUGUGGUGAUUCAGAUUUCAGCAGUUCAUGUUUUUUUUCCCUUAAUAUUCAUAUUUGAAGCCUUUCUCAGUUCAUAAAGUGAUUAUGCUGCUAAGAUAUAAGGGGUAUCAGACACAAGAAAAAGUACAGUUACCAGUGAUCAUAUAGAUGGUGGCAUUUGUCAGAUGAGCUCAGGUUGUAUACCAUAGUAUCGGCAUUCAUGCCUCAGUACUGGAUGCUGCCCAUCUGUUGUUUAAAUACAGCUGCUGUAUUGCUCAUAUCACAGCUGUGUAUUUUCUCCUGCAACUAGCCUGUUAUUAUUUCUGGCAAUCAAUUCUCAUACCUUAGUAGCGUCAUUGUAGAAAACUAAUAGAUUCACUUUUGUAUGUUGGAGCUCACAAGAGCCCAGCACUGUAGGCAUGCAUGUUUGUAUGCUCCAGAAAACAUUUUAGAGGUAAUUUUGUUUUCUUACCACAUAUGUUCUCAUUUUAUGUUAUAAAUGCUAGUACAGGUUUUCAGACAUGGACUGUGAUGAUACCUACCUAAAAUUAAUCCAAGCCACAUGUUAACGAGUCGUAUUGUAGAUCAGUGUAACUGUGAGUGGUAAUGGUACAUUAAUGUCUUACUUCACAUUUAUCCAUGUCAUUAGCAAGAGUUGAAUUGAUUCCUUCAUUGGAACACAUGGUUUUGAAAGCAGCUUUACCAUCAAUAAAAAUAAAAUUGAUAAUGGAGUAAUCA